AUGAAUGUGGGCAAUGAUGAAGCUCUUGACCCUCCUCUUGAUGAAAAGCAAAUUGAAUGCGAGUUAGACGUGGAUGAUAAUGAGAAUAAUGAUGGGUCAAAUAAUAUUAUUUUUGGAAAUCAAAUUGUUGAAGAACCGAAGGCGAAGAUCAAUGCAAAAUUAUAUUAUGAUGGAAGGUUUACAUUGUCUACUGUCGUGCUUGAACACACUCAUGCAGUAAGUCCAAGUAAGGCAAGAUAUUUUACAUGCCAUAAGAAGUUAGAUGCUCGUGUGAAAAGAAGGCUUGAAGUAAUGGAUAAAGCUGGAGUUCGUCCAAGUAAAAACUACAAAGCUUUUGCUAUUGAAGCAGGUGGGUAUAAGAAUCUUUCAUUUGGAGAGAAAGAUUGUAGAAAUUACAUUAACAAAGUAAGGAAUGAGUUGCUUGGAGAAGGAGAUGCUGAAGCAUUUCUUAAAUAUUUAAUGCGAAUGCAAGAAAAAAAUGACCGCUUCUUUUAUGUCAUAGACCUGGAUGAAGAAAGUCGUUUGAAAAAUGUGUUUUGGGCAGACGCACGAAGUAGGGCAGCAUAUGAAUCUUUUGGAGAUGUCAUAACAUUUGACACAACAUACUUGACUAAUAAAUACAAGAUGCCAUUUGCGCCUUUUGUUGGAGUGAAUCAUCAUGGUCAAUCCAUACUUUGUGGGUGUGGAUUACUAUCAAAUGAAAAUACUGAUACUUUUGUGUGGUUGUUUAAUGACGAUGAAUGCGAUGUGAAAUGCACUUGUAGAUUGUUUGAAUUUAGAGGAAUCAUGUGCAGACAUGCCCUUAUUGUUCUCACCUUGAUAAAAAGUGUUGAAGAGUUGCCAUCCAAAUAUAUUCUUGAUCGAUGGAGGAAGGACUUGAAACGAAAGUAUACAUUCGUUAAAAGUAGUUAUGACGAUUUGAGUGGCAACCCUAAAGCACAAAAUGAAGCAAUUGAUGGGAGCUUUAAGAAAUGUAAUAAGUUGUGGAGUCCUUUAGUUGCAAAAAGUAAAGGGAGGCUACCAUCAACACGGAAGCAGUCUGUUGUAGAAAGGGUUGUUAGAAAAUUCGAGCUUCAUUCCACCAUUGGUUUAUGCCAUUAUGGGCAGCUCCAGAGAUUUGGCUAUGGGGACUAUUGCUUUUGCACCACUUUUCACAGUUUCCCAGAUCUAGUCAUCGUCGGAGAACGUGGAGAAGAUGGAAUGAAAUUCGGGAGUUCGGUGGACACCCACUUGUUACAAACACUGAUGGAACAGCGGCAAAGAGACAGGAAAAAGAGAGUUUCGGUGGGCAGAGGAGCUCUGAUGACAAAAUGGAGAGAAACUUACAGAAGGUGA